CCCUCGGAGACCAGCUCGCGGGGACGCGGGGCUGCUGUGGCCGCCGAGUGAGCGCUCUCCAGGCACGCGUAGCCGUCGCGCGGCCGCGGUGCGGGCUGAGGAGACAGCUGCCCGCCGGGAGGUCUCCGGGCCCUCGGAUCUCCCUGUAGCCCCAGCUGUCUUAGAACUCAGGCUGGCCUUGAACUCACAGAGGUCUGCCUGCCUCUGCCUCCGGAGUGCUGGAACUAAAGGCCACCACACCUGACCCAGAAAUGAACCAUUGUUAAUCAUAGAGACUCGUCGUAUGUCAAGUCAUCUUUAGGUUUAAAUGUAACAGCAGAUGUUUAUAUUCUUUUAAGCUAUAUUAACCCAGAAAGCCAUAAGCCAUAAUGUGGCAUACCAUCUUUUUUGAGAGUGGAUAUUACUGAAUAAAAAUGGCUGACAGAAGUGGGAAGAUUGUUCCAGGACAAGUGUAUAUUGAAGUGGAAUAUGAUUAUGAGUAUGAAGCAAAGGACAGGAGGAUUGUGAUAAGACAGGGGGAGCGGUACAUCCUGGUGAAGAAGACCAACGAUGACUGGUGGCAAGUCAGACCAGAUGAGAAUUCCAAAGCUUUUUAUGUGCCAGCACAGUACGUUAAGGAGGUCACCCGCAAAGCACUAAUGCCGCCUGUUAAGCAGGCAGUUGGACUGCCAAAUAGUUCUAUGAAAACAAUACAGAGUAUGCAUCUUCAGAGAUCAGCAGAGAAUGUGAAUAAAAUGCCUGAGCUUUCAAGUUUUGGAAAGCCAUCAUCUGUUCAAGGAACAGGUCUUAUUCGUGAUGCCAAUCAGAAUUUUGGAUCCAAUUAUAAUUCAGGCGCCACACUCAACCUAAGCCUGGACCUGACCCAUAAUAAUGGAAAAUUUAACAGUGACUCGCAUUCUCCUAAAGUUUCCAGCCAGAAUAGGACACGAUUAUUCGGUCACUUUCCUGGGCCGGAGUUCUUGGACAUAGAGAAAACUAGCUUCUCUCAGGAACAGUCUUGUGAUUCAGCUGGAGAAGGCUCAGAAAGGAUACAUCAAGACUCCGAAUCUGGAGAUGAACUUAGCAGCAGCUCCACUGAACAGAUAAGGGCAACUACACCUCCAAAUCAAGGAAGGCCAGAUUCUCCUGUCUAUGCUAACCUACAAGAACUGAAAAUAUCGCAAUCUGCUCUCCCUCCUCUUCCUGGGAGCCCAGCAAUUCAAAUUAAUGGAGAAUGGGAAACUCAUAAAGACAGUUCAGGACGUUUUUACUACUAUAACCGAGGAACCCAGGAGAGAACCUGGAAACCACCCCGAUCGACUCGGGAUGCCAGCAUAAGCAAAGGGGAUUUCCAGAGUCCAGGAGAACAAGAGCUUCUUCCACCAGAAGAAAACUACCACAGCACUUGUUACAGCCAGUCAGAUAGUCAGUGUGGUUCUCCUCCAAGGGGUUGGUCAGAAGAGUUGGAUGAACGUGGGCAUACCUUAUAUACCAGUGACUAUACUAAUGAAAAGUGGCUCAAGCAUGUUGACGAUCAAGGUAGACAGUAUUACUACAGUGCAGAUGGAUCCCGGUCAGAGUGGGAAUUGCCAAAGUACAAUGCUUCAUCCCAGCAGCAAAGAGAAAUAAUUAAAAGUAGGAGCUUGGACAGGCGGCUGCAAGAACCAAUCGUAUUAACAAAGUGGAGACAUAGCACCAUUGUAUUGGACACCAAUGACAAGGAGUCUCCAACUGCCACAAAACCCUGCUUUCCUGAAAAUGAAUCUUCUCCUACCUCAUCAAAGCAUCAAGAUCCAGGUCAAGAGAAAUACGGAUUGUUAAACGUAACAAAAAUUACUGAAAAUGGGAAAAAGGUUCGGAAGAACUGGUUGUCUUCUUGGGCAGUGUUACAGGGUUCAUCUUUACUUUUUACCAAAACUCAAGGAAGUGGUACAAGUUGGUUUGGGAGUAAUCAGUCCAAACCAGAAUUCACAGUGGACCUCAAGGGGGCAACGAUUGAGAUGGCCUCAAAGGAUAAAUCCAGCAAAAAGAAUGUAUUUGAGAUGAAAACUCGUCAAGGAACAGAACUACUGAUACAGUCUGAUAAUGAUGCUGUUAUUAAUGAUUGGUUUAAAGUUCUCAGUAGUACUAUCAAUAACCAGACAGUAGAAACUGAUGAAGCAGUUGAAGAGGAGGUACCAGAUUCACCAGGGGUGGAAAAGCAAGAUAAAGAAAAGGACCAGAAGGAUCUUAAAAAACUUCGUUCCAUGAAAGUAUCUAGCAUGGAUUCUUCAGAACAGAAGAAAACCAAGAAGAAUUUAAAGAAGUUUCUUACACGACGUCCCACUUUGCAAGCUGUUCGUGAAAAAGGUUAUAUUAAAGAUCAGGUAUUUGGAUCUAAUCUUGCUAACUUGUGCCAGAGAGAGAAUGGGACAGUGCCAAAGUUUGUCAAGUUGUGCAUUGAGCAUGUCGAAGAACAUGGUUUGGAUGUUGAUGGUAUCUACAGAGUAAGCGGCAACCUUGCCGUGAUCCAGAAGCUGAGGUUCGCAGUCAAUCAUGAUGAGAAACUGGACUUGAAUGAUAGUAAAUGGGAAGAUAUUCAUGUCAUCACUGGAGCACUCAAAAUGUUUUUUCGAGAAUUACCAGAACCUCUUUUUACAUUUAAUCAUUUUAAUGAUUUUGUUAAUGCAAUUAAACAAGAACCAAGACAACGUGUCACUGCUGUUAAGGACCUAAUCAGACAGUUACCAAGGCCAAAUCAAGAUACAAUGCAGAUUCUGUUUAGACACCUCAAAAGGGUUAUAGAGAAUGGAGAAAAAAACCGAAUGACGUACCAGAGCAUAGCAAUUGUUUUUGGUCCCACUCUACUAAAGCCAGAAAAGGAAACUGGUAAUAUAGCGGUUCAUACUGUGUACCAAAACCAGAUUGUAGAGCUAAUUCUUCUGGAAUUAAGUUCCAUCUUCGGACGUUGAUUCUCAUGGAAGACAGCCUACGGAAUAGAAGCUGGAUUCCAUCAGAUUUCAGAUCUUUAUACACGAUGUGUUUUGUUUUUGGACCAAGUAAUGACUCUGAUUUUGCACUUUUUUUGAGGGGAUCAGAGAAGAAGUUGGGGAGAGUAAGGAUGCCUGUUAUGCCCUCUUAUUUGCUGCUUUGUUGCAAGGUGAUAUGACUGUGUAGUAUUGGGUUCACUUUAUCCUGAAUCCUUGCAUCUCAUACUCUGAAAUUCAGUAAAAAUCAAAACUCAGAAUUCUAACCAGUCAUAUACACUGGAUAAUUUGGUAAGAAAAAUCACGCUCCACCCCAGCUGCAUAAUGUAGAAUUUCUUUUCAUGAGCUCUAAGUUCUUCACUUGGUACAAUAAUCAUUGUCAGUUAUUUUGAAAACACUUGGGCAUUUAAAACAAAAUCAAGUCUAUCCAGUUUGAAUCCCAUGUAGUUCUUUUCCAGCGUGUCUGCAUGCAGUGGCAGUCUUCAGUGCUGAAGUUCAUUAUGACCCAGAUAAGGCUGGAUGAAGGCUUGCCGUCUAAUUUUACUGUGCUGUGCAGCACCCUUACAGGAUACCUUAGUUGCUUGUUUCAUCAACACACUAACAGUACUUAAAACACUGUGAUAUACUGGAAUUCUUAUGGGCAUAAGUCAGUUCAGGGUAUUUGGGACCUUCUUGCUAUACUGAAUUGUAGCUAACAAUCCUAAUUAUAUCUAGUGCCAUAUUGAGUUCUUGGUAUGACCCUGUGGCAACGGACAUUAUUUGAUGUAAAUACGGGCUGAAGACUUAAUGUCAUUUAGCUUAUGUAUAUAAUUGUGCUGUAGAGCCUCAGAGUACAUUCUAACCCUACAUUUCUAAUCAUAGUAUUGAUAAUCUUUUCCACGAAUAUUAGGUUCCCUGCAGAAAUGGGGUGUCAUUUGGGAAAGUUACACUGCACUUUUAGAUUUUGAUUACAUUUACAGGGAGAUCAUUGCAAUGGGAAUGGUGCUAGAGAAAUACUAACGUGACUUGUCAGUGGUGAAUGCACUACAAGAGGAACCUCUUAGAUUGUUACUGUGUACAGAGUACAUUAGAAGUAUUAUCACAGAAUUCUAAUUCUGCAGUUGCAUAGUGGGAACUUGUAUAAAUUAGCUGGCUAUUAGAUGGAAAAGGACACUGCUAAAUUUGAGUAUAUCUUUUUACAUCACUAAUGUAGAUUGAUUUGUAUAAUAAAACAGGGUUUGGAAGGUUUUGUUACAGGGAGCAUGAUCUGUUGAAAAAUUUUAAAUGUAUUUUUCUAGAUUAACUGCUGUAUAUGAAAUGUCUAAUCUAAUAAAGGAAACUAUAAGAGGCUUAGAGACUUUUUCCACUGGAGAUGUGCAUUUUGGUUGUUAAUUUUUGCUUUUUGUUUUCAUCUAAUGGCAUACUUUUUUUUUUUACCUCAUUUUAGAAAAUCAGCUGAAUCAGAUAUUUCUGUGGCAGAUACAUUUUCUCACUUCAUCUGUUUUCUGUUCUUUUCCAUACCAACACAUCCCUAACAUACUUUUUAUUUUUUCUUUGUGUGUGAAAGUAAAUGAUUUGUGACAAUGAUUCCUUUUCCUAGGAUUGCAUUUAUAAUUUACCAGUUGUCUUCCUGGGAAACAUUGUGUGUUGUUGUUGUUGUUGUUGUUUGUAUGAUCUGUUCAAAACUCUUUCUCCUGAGUCAUGUGGCUAGAAUAUUGUACUAUUGUAAUUUUCUUAAAUGGGUAACAAACCAAACUACUUGACAGCUAAAGCAGAUUGUUUUGGAUGGGGAGAAGUAGUCCCAAAUCAGAAUGUUUGUAUCUACCUGAGGAUGUCAUUAAUAACACAGUUCUGUAGGUCACUUGUGUUGAUCGUAUACCAGGAAAUCAGUUACACUCAAGUCUGUGAUCUGUGGUGUUCUUUCUUGUGGUGAUCAUGAACAUGUCAAAGGUUUAAAAUUGUCUUAUGUUUUCUUGUUUCAAAGUACAUCUGUGUAUGUGAAGUCUUAAAUGUUGUAUUAGUCUGCAGCUAAUAAUUUUAUUGUAAUAUACGUUCAAUGAGAUCAGUGUCUUGUGUUUUCAUCCUUUGUGAAUUAAAAAUUAUCGGUUGUUUUUGUAAUAACAAAACCAGUAAUAUUU